UGCAAAGAGUAAACAAACAAUAUAAAGAAAUGUUUAAAAAUUUCUUUAUUAUUGCAAUUAUAAUAUCAUUUGGAUCCUUUUUAUAUGGAAUACGACACAUAUUUCUAGAAGUUGAGGAAAAUGCUUGUCGCAUGACUUAUAUGUUUGGAGUCCCUCAAUUUUCGAAAGUAAAUUUUGAGGAAAAUAAACAUUUUAAUCAUUAUGGAUUGUACUAUUAUUACGAAGGAAGACUACAGAAAGAUGUCAAUAGUUUAGUUUUAAAAGGAGCGCCUGUAAUUUUUGUACCUGGAAAUGCUGGUUCUUAUAAACAAGUACGUUCUCUGGCAUCAGUUGCUCUAAGGAAGGGUAUGGAUAAUGAACGCGGUAUUCAUUUAGAUUAUUUUACCAUUAAUUAUGAGGAGCAGCUUUCCGGAUUAUAUGGUGGUUAUUUGGAAAACCAAAAACAGUUUCUACGACUUUCCAUUUUGGCGGUACAAAAUUUAUAUAAAAAAUCAUCAAAUAUUAAAAAGCAUGUAAUCAUUAUUGGACAUUCAAUGGGAGGAAAGGUAGCUCAAGCAGUACUGGAGGAACCUGAUAUAGCACCAUACAUUAAUACAAUUAUUUUUAUAUCUACACCUCUUGAUAAACCAGUAGUGGAUUUCGAUUCAAAAUUAAAUGAGUUCUAUGCAUACAGUGAUAGUUAUUUAUCCGAUAAAAGAGUUUCGUAUGUGCCAAAUAUCGACACAAAUGUCUGUACAAAUUAUAAUCAUCGCAUACCGUUCAAUAAAAAUGAAUCGCAACGUUUGGAUAAUGUUUUAAUGAUAUCUAUAGGAGGUGGUAAUCGAGAUCUGCUGGUACGCGAUGCUUUAACCACCUCCAAAUACAGUGAUAUUCAUGCGAUGACAUCUUCAAUACCAAAAGUUUGGUUAAGUUGUGAUCAUUUAUCAGCAGUCUGGUGUCUACAAUUGGUGAUGGUGGUAAAUCGUUUUAUAUUUGGUAUAUCAAAUAUAGACAAAAAUAAAAAUGUUUUCUUUGUUGAUGACAAAUCUCUCCGUACCCAAAAUGCCAUUAACUAUUUUGUAAAACCUCUUCAUAAAUAUAAAUCAAAUGAAAUUUAUUUUCCAAAAUCUACUAUUGAUGCCACAUGGCACGAAGAUUCCAAAAUUGUUUAUAGGAAAGUAUUUAAAAACGGCCUACGUACUGGGUACAAUCACAUGUUGCCUAUUUCAAAAUAUAAACAUUUUAAGAAAAUGUUCAUAGAAAUCAAUAGUUAUGAUGAACUAACAGAUUGGAUUUAUGGCUGUACAGCAACUAAUGUAACCGCUAGCAAUAGCAUUAAAUGUGAUAAGGGAUCAUCACUCUCUCAUACUAUUCAAAACAUAGCAUCACAUGAUAAUAUUCGUUCAAUGGUUUUAAUUGAUUUACAACAUUUAAAUAAAUAUAAUCCACAAUGGACACAUAUUAUGAUACGAUUCUUACCAACAAAUAAACCAAUAACAUUUAAAUUAGAUGUCUACAACAAAAAGGAAAGAACUUUUAUUAUUAAGGCUCCACGCUGGUUUUCUUUUGAUCGAAAAACCCUAAUAAAUGAAACCGUCUAUGGUAAUAUUCACUACGAAAUUUCCAUUGAAGGCUUAGAUGAACCUUUUCCAACACUACAGUUUGAUAUUGAGCCGAUUGGUUGUGGAGAUAAGGAUUUUAAUGUAGCAACUAAACUUUGUAUACCUUGGGCACGUGGUUAUGAAAGAUAUAAUCAUAUAACACAACUGUCUAGAGCAAAAAGUAUUUAUAUCAAUGUACCCAUGUCAGCGCCAAAUCAUUAUAAUACCUCACAAAAUCCAGUGUCUUUGGAAUUAUACUUGGACCCCGUUUGUCGUUAUCGAAUAAGUUAUAAGUUUUCUAUUGCUGGAACUAUGUCAAAAAUUGUUCAAGAAUUCUAUCAUUGGAUUCCGGCUCAUCUAACAGCCGUUCUAUUCGUGGUACUAAGAAAUCAAAUAGUAAAAUUUCAAAGUGCAGAAAACACACUAUUCGUUAAACCCUAUGCAGGAUUUUUUCAAUGCAAAUCACUGUAUAUAAUUACAGGUUGUCGUCUAUUAAAAAAGUUGUUGCUACCAGUUAAAUUCCUGCCAACAUUUGAUAAAACGGAAUAUUCGUUUUAUGUAUCCAUAAUAAUACAUAGUACUGCUAUAGUCGCCUCAAUUAUUUUGGUUUUUAUAAUUUGGACAAUUUUAACAUUUCAUGGAAAUAUUCUCAUGAAAAUUGCUCUUAGAAUAACUCGAAUAUCGGUGGCAUCGUCUAAUGUUUUGGUUCAAAUUAUAUCAACAUUACCUUUGUCCUUUGGAGUCUUAUUCAUAUCUAUAGCAAUUGCAACGUGUAGUGGCAUAGCUCUUAUAUUGGCGUCAGUAUUUUAUUUCAUUUUGUUAUCCAAUGCAUAUAAGGAUUAUUUAGAAAAUUGGGCAUGGGAAAAAGCUACUGGGCUCUUUCGAAAACUACGCUCAAGCAGAAAUGAUCCAAAACAUAUAGAUUCCGAUCAAACUAUAGUUCCUGCUGCAGAAGCACAACAUGACAAUGAAAAUCAGGAAACAAAUGAUUACUUCCAAGGACUAGAAAAUUUUUCCUUUCACAUAACAAUGCUAUUAUUACUUGUUAUAACGUCAGCAUUAAAUUUUGGCCUUUCUAUUGCAUGGAUAAAGUCGCAUUACUUGGGUCAUGUUGGUGAAAAACUUCCAGAUCCAUUUUUAAUAUCCACAAUUGUUGUGCUUUCUUGUUUAAGCAUAUUAUUACAACUGAAUGCACCACAUAAAUCUUCUGGUUAUCGUGUUGUUGCGGUUCUACUGUACUUCUGUGCCUGUUUGUGUAUUAUCUAUUGUCAAGAAAACCUAUACCGUUUGAAUUACUUAAUUGCAUUUAUAUAUGUCAUUGUUGCAUUGCAGGAGAUAAUGCGGCGUUUGAUGCUUUGGUUUGGAAUUGAAUUGUGAAUGUUGCAACGAAUUUGUUAAUGUAUUAAUAACAUGUCUAGUCUUUGUACUUUUAUAGUUUUCUUUAUUAAAUUGCAUUUUUGUUGAA